GACGAACUUCCGGUUCCCUUGCGCUUAGGUCGGCUGGAAAUGGUGUCCUCCGUCGUUUUUCCGCACUUUUCCAGCGAGCCGGUUAUUUUCGGGAGUUAUUCCCUCAAUAACUACAUUACUUCCUCCUUUCAUAACGAAAGUGUUCCCGCGCGAAGACUGGAGGGGACCCAGAAAAGGCGGAGAAGCAGACGAGCGCUGGCUGGGCUAGGAACUGUAAUGCUUGGCUCUGUGCGUUUCCUGCCCGGCCAGUAACGCUGCCUGCCCGAGCUGGGCUCUUGGAAGAAGGACGGUCCCUGCAGUAGGGGAGUAUGUCGAGUUUCUCUAGGGCGCAGCAGCAAUGGGCCACUUUUGCUCGAGUGUGGUAUCUCUUAGAUGGGAAAAUGCAGCCCCCUGGGAAACUUGCUGCUGUGGCAUCAAUAAAACUUCAAGGAUUACAUAAACCUGUGUACCAUCAACUGAGUGACUGUGGGGAUCAUGUUGUCAUAAUGAACACAAGACACAUUGCAUUUUCUGGAAAUAAAUGGGAACAAAAAGUAUAUUCCUCACAUACUGGCUACCCAGGGGGAUUUAAACAAGUAACAGCUGCUCAACUUCACCAGAAGGAUCCAGUGGCUAUUGUAAAACUAGCUAUUUAUGGCAUGCUGCCAAAAAACCUUCACAGAAGAACGAUGAUGCAAAGGUUGCAUCUUUUUCCAGAUGAGGAUAUUCCAGAAGAUAUUCUUAAGAAUUUAGUGGAAGAGCUUCCUCAACCACGCAAAGUACCUAGACGUCUAGAUGAGUACACACAAGAAGAAAUAGAGGCUUUUCCAAGACUGUGGUCUCCGUAA